AUGCUCGCGGGGGCAGCGCGGGGGCUCGCUGCCCGGCGCAGGCAGCACGCAGCCGCGUUGGUCCGCGAGCGCCUCGUCCCCACUGCGCUGUGCGACGCCCUGCCGAACGGCGCGCCCGGGAACAGGGCGUACCGGGAGGGGGGGCCGCUGCGGGCGUGGCUGGCGGCGUACGGCGCGAACAUCGAGCACGUCGAGUUCCGCGAGAUCUGCAGGCCCGCGGGCGCGGGCGACGGCGCGGCGGCGUCCCCGCAGGACGUCGAGCGAGGGGUGUUUCCUCGACCCUCCCUCUUCCUCGCACGCCGCGCCCUGGGGCUGGCGGCGGGCGUAGCGGCCUGGGCCGGCAUGGUCCUGCCUCUGGGCAUCCACGGCGACGUCGAGGUCGCGUCCUUUCCGACGAAGCUGGCGUUAACGGCGCAGGCCGCUCGCGAGGACCCGCACAUAGGUCAGGUGCUCACGGAGCUCCACGAGACCGGGAUCGUGGACGACGAAACGACGCUCGUGCUCUAUCUCACCGCGCACAAGGUCGCGGGCGAGGCCUCGCGGCUCCUGCCGUACCUGUCGUCUCUCCCGGACCGCACCCCUACCCCGCUGUGGCUCCCCCCGGACCAGCUCGACGCCUGGCUGGCCGGCACGAACGCGCACAAGGCCACCAAGGCCCUCCAGGGCCACCUCCUCCAGCUCUGGCCCAAGGUCCAGCCGGUCGUCCGCCAAAUGGCCAUGGCGGUCGGCGGCGCGGGCGUGCCAGAGCCGGGCUUCGGAGACUUCGUGUGGGCGCACAGCAUGUUCUGGUCGCGCAGCGUGGAGCUCCCGUCGGGCCCGGACGGCGCCCCGCAGUCCGCCCUCGUCCCCGGCCUCGACAUGUUCAACCACGCGCCAGGCGCACCGUUCCGGUAUGAGCCCAAGGCCGGGAGCGUCGCGGUCGUCGCGCCGUGGUCGGCCCUGCGCGCCCUGGGCCGCGCGGGCGGCGACGGCGAGCUCACGAUCGACUACGGCCGCGCGGUCAAGUCCAACGAGGAGCUGCUGUUCCACUACGGCAUCGUGGAGGCUGCCGCGGGGCCCGCGGACGUCGUCGCGCUCCUGUGCCCACUGCCGCCGCGGGCCGAGUGGGACGACCGCCUCGAGGCGCAAGCGGCGUGCAUGUACGUCGCGGGCGGCUCGCCGCGGAUCCUCCUCCCCCCGCUGGACGCCCGGCAAACAGCACGGCGCGACCCGGCGCGGAAAGGCUCGGUCCUGAGCCGCGCGGGGCGCCCCGGCGCGCUCAAGGAGCUGCUCGCAGCCGUCCCGCACGACGGCAUGGUCGGGCUGCGGGCCUUCGCGACCCCGGGCAUCGAGGCGGCUGCGAUCGCGGAGGCCGGCAAGGACCCGGAGUGGGGUCCCGCGGACACCUGGGACGCGGGCACGCAGCUCUCGGUGGUCACGACGCUCGCGCGGCUCCUGGAGACGCGCAUUGUCGACCUCGAGGGGCCGGAGGGCACUGGGCCGCUGGAGCACGACAUCGGGCUGCUGGAGGGCUCCGCGGCGGACGCGCACCCGCUGGAGCCGCUGGAGGAGGCGUGCGCGAUGUACCGGGCGCAGCAGAAGCGCCUCACGCGCGAGUGGGCAGUGUUGGCACGCGCAGCAGUGGCGGAGCUCUCCGGCACGAUGGCGGCGCGCGCCCCGCCGUCGCGCGGCGGCGCCCGGACGCAGCAGUAA